AUGGGCAACUCGAGCAGCGCGAACAAGAUCUCUGCCCAGGAUAAGGCGAUCCUGGAUAUGAAGAACCAGCGCGAUAAGCUGCGGCAGUACCAGAAGCGCAUCACCGUCCUCACCGAUCGCGAAACGGAGAUUGCGAAAGAAUGUCUAGCCAAGGGCGACACGAAUAAAGCCAAGCUAGCGCUGAGAAGAAAGAAGUACCAAGAAGGUCUCUUGUCGAAGACUGAUGCCCAACUGGCACAGCUGGAGAUCCUCACUAGCGAUGUCGAGUUCGCCCUUGUGCAGAAGGAUGUCUUGUUUGGUCUGCAGCAGGGAACUGCGGUACUUAAAGAGAUUCACAAGGAAAUGGGCGGCAUAGAGAACGUGGAGAAGCUGCUGGGUGAGAACGAGGAGGCCCGGGCUUAUCAAGAGGAAAUCAGCGAGCUCCUUGCGAACAAGAUGUCCAACCAAGACGAAGACGAAGUCGAAGACGAGCUCGAAGCUCUCGAAGCAGAAGGAAAGUGCACCUUUCCUGUACUACCCAAGGUGCCUGCCGAACCGCUACAAUUCACACCCCAAGAGAAGGCGCAGAGGGCCAAGGACAGAGCGGCGAGGAGGGCGAGGGAAUUGGCUUCCGAGCAGGCAUCGCAGCCCAUGCUGGCGUAA